AUGUCUUCUUCAGACUCUGUUGAUCACAUUUCCAAGUGGGAGGAACGUGUAUGCUUAAACAAUGGAAGAAAGUUUUUCAGACCUAAAGUCAGUGGAUCCAUUACACCUGCUGUUGGAAUGUUUUUUAAAUCAUUUGAUGAGGCUUUUGCGUUUUAUCAGAGAUACGCACUUGCUGCAGGUUUUUCUGCAAGAAAAAAUACUUCUUGGAAAAGUGGUGAUUUAGUGAAAAUAAGAUAUAUUGUCUGCUCAAAAGAAGGAUUUCAUGUUAGCAAAGAAAUAGAUUCUUCUUCAGUUGAUGAAAAUAGUAAAAAGAUUGUUAGACGUAAUAGAGGUUCAAAAAGAGUUGGAUGCAAUGCUCAUGUGAAAUUAAUAUUAGAGAGCAAUAAUAUGUUUGAAAUCUACUACUUUGAAGAAGAACAUAAUCAUAUCUUUGUUGAAGAUGAAGAUAUUCAUUUCUUGCCUGCUGCCAGAAGUAUUGAUUAUGUUAAAGAAAGUUUUAUAUUUGGAUUGUCUGCAAUCAAUAUUGGACCUGUUAAAUCAUUCAAUAUUAUGAAAACAAUGUAUGGUGGUUUUGGUGAAGUUGGUGCUAGUAAAGUUGAUUGUAAGAACUAUAGAAGGGAUUUGAAUCUUUACAUAGAAGAGUAUGAUGCAGAAAUGGUAGUUAGGCGUCUUAUUAGGAAGAAAGAAUGUUCUCCUGGUUUCACAUGUGAUUAUGUUAUUGGUGAAGAUAGAAGAGUGAAAGGACUUUUCUGGGCUGAUGAGCAAUCAAAAACAAAUUAUAUAGUGUUUGGUGACAUAGUUGGUUUUGAUGCUACUUAUAAAUCAAACAAAUAUGAUUUGGUUUUUGUACCAUUUAUUGGGAUAGAUAAUCAUUUUAGGAAUGUCACAUUUGGUGGUGCAUUACUUGGUUCUGAGACUGCAGAUUCUUAUAGAUGGCUAUUAAGGUGCUUUGUUAAUGCUUUUGGAAAUGAGCCUAAAGUUGUUGUUACUGAUCAAGAUGCUGCAAUGAAGAGAGCUAUUAAGGAUGUACUUUCAAGACGUAGGCAUAGGUUAUGUAUGUGGCAUAUAUGGGAGAAAUUGAAGACAAAGGUUGGUCCUGUUUUGUCAUCAAACAUUGAUUUUAAUACAAGAAUGACUCACGUUGUUUGGAAUGAUACUAUUAUUCCAGAAGAUUUUGAAACUGGGUGGCAUUCAAUAAUGUCUACUUUUGGAUUGGAAAAUCAUGAGUGGUUAAAAGAUAUGUACGAUCUUCGAUUUGAUUGGAUUCCCGCUUAUUACCAUGGAGAGAAUUUGGCUGGUCUUAUGCGUACUACGUCUAGAUGUGAAUUCGAGAAUUACUUCUUUGGUCAGAUUUGCAAUCCAAGAUAUACACUUAUUGAAUUUUUCACUCAUUUUGAGACUACAAUGGAUUUUCAAAGGCAUGAGCAUAGGAGGAAUGAUCAUGAUACAAGGUAUAUUCAGUCUAAGACCUGGAGUGACUUUGUAUUGGAGAAACAAGCAUCAGAAAUAUAUACCAAAACAAUUUUUAAAGAUAUUCAGAUUGAAAUUGAUGCUGACAUUACAAAGUGUAUGUCAAAGUCUCAUGAUACUGUGGGUGAUGUUCAAUAUUAUGAAAUAAAGGAUUUCAAACAGCCAUGCACAUCUUUAUUCAAGCAAACAAGAAGAUGGUUUAAGUAUAAGUUAAGAUGGAUGAGAGAUGUUGUUUCAAAUGGAUCAAAUCAUUGCAAUAUUCGGUUUGAUGAAAUUGGUAGGAAUAGUGAAAUUGAUAAAGUUUUUAGAGAAAUCGUUGUUGCAAAUGAGUAUGUGGUUAAUAGGUUGGUUGGGGAUUUAGAUGAGUUGUGUCGUUACAGAGAUCAUAUUAAAAGUUAUAUUGAUAAAGCGGAUGAGGUUAUGGUUGCUGCGCCGCCUCCUAGUCGCAAAGAAAGAUUUGCUGAUAUUGGAGGGAACUUAGAAAAGUCAGAUUCUAUGAUUCGUGUCCCGAUCAAAAUAAGGACUAAAGGAUGCGGUGUACAAAAAAGGAUCAAGUCUAAUCGUGAGAUUGCAAUUCAGAAAUCAUCAAAGAUCCAAAAAUCGUGUCGUGUAUGUGGUGGAAAAGGACAUAACAGUCGCACAUGUAAAGAUAAGGUUUCUUCUAAUGCUAUAGGUUCUAGCAAUACAAUGUAA